CAACAGAUGUUCCUCCCUCUUGCUGCAUGGCGGUUACGAGCAUUCCGUUUCAAAUAAGCCACGGAGGGGUAGAGAGGUGUCCGUCCCGUCCCACGCACACACAGUCUGAUCAUCAUCCGAUCAGCGGCCACGCACUCGCGUGCGCAUCGCAUCCACCAUGAACACACACGAACAUUAAAGACCGACGGCCUCACACACACAGACACCGACCCACCCACACACCCUCCCACCCACGCGCACACAACUAGAACACAUAUAUAAAUAAAGUAUGAGGCCUCUCACACACAGACAGACAGACAGAGACACCCGGCCGCAGACACGACAACCAGACUAAAAGGACCACACGACACCACACCGCACGACGACACUUCACUGCAUGGCUCCUUGCCACCGACUCACAUGCAACCAAUCAUCACUCGCUAAGGCAGGCAGGCAGGCAGACCGGCACUCAGCCCGCCUGCACCUGUCGGUAGCAUUUCGACAAGUACAGGCCGGCUGGCUGGCCGCCCCGCCUGGCAAAACCUUUCUGUCCGACUCAUCAUCUUUUCUCGCAUAUCAGGCACAAUCAGGGCCGGCACCAGCUUUCGCAAAAAAAGUGCCACGUGGCUUGACAGACAGACACUCAGACAGACAGACAGACAGACGGACACACCUACAUGGAAUUAAAGCUGCACCUACGCGGACUGACUCGCAUGAACCGCAUACAUCUCUCCCGAUCGAUCUCUUUCGCACACAAACACCAACCAACGCGGACACCCACCAUCUUGAAAAAGUAAGUGUCCCGAUUGGAUGAUAUGAAUGAAGAGGUAGACAGACAGUGACAGUACCCACCAGACAGACAGGCAGACAGGCAGACAGACAAAGACUGGAAGGAGGCGAAACCAGAGACACGCGAGACAGAUGAGAGGCAAAGAGAGAGAGGUCUAGGCCAAGACCAACCAGCCGAGAACCAGCAGCGCCAGCCCGCCCCACACUCUGCCCCCCAGCCCGACACUCCCAGACACGGUCUCCCCCUCACCGUCAUCACCAUCGCCACCGUCAUCCACGAGCGGCGCCUCCGCCCGUGCCACAGCGAAUGUGUACUGCCUCUCCUUGUGCCUGAGCGUCUCCCGCUUCUCGCCCAGCUGCACACCGGCAUAUCUGCCGAGCAUCAUGAUAGUGGCCAUGGGGUUGACGCGCGUCACGGCGGGGAUGACCGAUGCGUCCACCACGUGCACGUUGGACGUGCCGGUGAGGAGGAAGUCGUCUCCCUCGAUGAGGGUGCCCAUCGAGACCGUCCCGCAGUAAUGCCAUAUUGAGAUGUACAGCGGGUCGGCCACCGACAGGAAGAUUUCUUCGAGGGUCUCGGGCGAGUCGUCGGUGUCCAGCAUGGAGGCGUUGAUGCCGCGGGGGAACAGCUGCAGAUCCGCAUCGGCCGGUGCGUACUUGGACGGGGGGAAGAUCAGCCCCUGGGGAGGUUUCAAAGAUCGAGAGCACACCAUCCAUGAGGCACAUGGCUGCCAAGUGGGCUGGGUGGUGUGGUGUGCGUACCAUGGCGGAUGAGAUGAGUCCCGAGGUGAGGAGGUCUGAGGCGAAGCAUGACUCCUCCCCGUUGGCAGUGAUGUUGCGCAUGUCAUCAGACACCAAGAGCUUGACGAUCUCUGCAGGAACCGAACCACGUACACACCAUAUGCUUAGUACUCCAGUCAUCACGUGAAUUGAAUGGCUGUCUAUGUACCUACCUUUGAUUGAGAGCGCGGCGGCCUGUCUGUCCAUCGGGUGGUCGAAGUACUUGGGGUCCACCACCACCGACCCAUUCGCAGCCAGCGACACACUCCCGCGGGACAGCGGGUCCGUCACCCACGACAGCAACGAGCCCCCCUGACGCGUGCAGUCGGCCAUUUCGGCCUGCUGGUCAUUACAUAUGGGCGGCGCCUCCGCCUCAGCUGCGUCGGUGUCGGGGUCGACUUCCUCCUCCUUGAGUGCGAUGUCGAAGUCGUGUGCGCACUCCCAGAAGCCCUUGAGCAAGCUGAAGGCGGAGCGAGUGACCUUGCCCUGAGCCGCACCCUUGGCGGCCGUCAAGGCCAUGCCCGUCGUUAUGCCGUAACCCUGAGACAGCUCAUCCUGUGCAACACACAGACAGGGAAAAGACGAAAAGGAGGGAGAUCAUGGUGAAAACAUUCUCUGUCUGUCUGUCUGUCUGUCUGUGUGCUUACGAUGAGUAUGAAGUGGCACUCUUCGUUGGGCGAGGGGUUCUCGGCGUCGCAUUUCGGCCCGGCGUAGCGAGUGGCCAUGAUAGACUGAAUCGUCACGGGACCAGGGGCCUUCAGACCCACACCGAUGGGCGUCUGCACCAACCACACACACACACACACACACACACAUGGACAAUUCACACAUGCGACGGAGAGAGCGUGUCUUGGUAGGUGGCGUACCUGAGGGUGGUCGUGCAGGUCUUUGCCGACGUUGGGCAUGUCCUUGACCACAUCGAUGCCGGCCGCCUCGAGCAUCUCCUUGGGGCCCAGCCCUGACCGCAUGAGGAUCGCCGGCGUGUGGAUGGCACCCGCAGACAGGAUGAUGCGCCCGCCAUCCCUGACGCACACGCGACGCCUCGACCGCUCAGUGCCCUCGGUGUCGCUCAGCUUGUCGUACACCACACACGUGGCUGUCAGCUUGGCGCCGUCGGCCGACUCCUCGUCGAACUCGAGAUGCUGCACCUCUGAGAGCACCUGAAGGGUGACGUUUGACCCCUCGAGCAGCUCGUCAGCGGCGUGACGUUUGUCAGUCUCGGCGUCGAAGAUGGAGUAGGUGCGCCAUACCAUGGCGUUGUCAUAGCCCACUUGGGGUGUGCCCUCGUCGCCGGCCCACUCGUAGCCUUCGGCCUCGAGGGAUGCGCGGAGGGCGGUGUUCCACUGGCCGUCCUGCGAGGAUGGCUUGACGACGCCCGAGCCGAGCAGCCAGGCGAAGCUCUCGUCGAUGAGGGUGCGGUUGAGCGUGACGCCGUAGUUCCUCUCUAGGUCGUCGAAGUAGCCGGUGCCCUCCUCGAUGUACACGCCGGCAUUGACGGCCGUGCCGCCCCCCGUGACCCGCCCGAUGUGACCGACAACGCCCUGGACGGUCUCGAACUGCUCAGAUAUGACGGGGUUGAGCAUCGCCGUCUGCCCGCCCCUCUUGGUUAAGGCUUCUGGGAACUUCUGACGGUCAUCACCGCGCUCCAGCAGCAGCACCUCCUCGCCGUAAUCGGCCAGAGUGCGGGCCAGGGGACAGCCGGCAGCACCCGCGCCCACAACGAUCGUGUCAUACACCUUCUCGUCAGUCUCGAGCGACGAUGACACACCUGAAGCCCCCAUGCCAUGCAGCCAGAGGGUGCUCCCAACAGCAGCGCUCUGUGUGCGCAGCAUACCAUUGGUUGUGUUCUGUGCAGAGGAGGGUGAGAGGAUCAAACUCAGCAGCAAAAUAGAGACGGCUGCUCGCAU